UCUAUAUAUGUAAAUAACAAUAUAGUAAUGACAAACAUAAUGUUAAUUCAUACAGGAGUAUAUUAUACGGCAAAGUGUGUGGUGUAAUAUUUAGGGGUUUUUACUUGGAUAUUACUAAUUUUGAACCAAUUACCCAAAAAGUGAACACUUUUAAAAGGGACAAAAAAGUGAUCAAGAAGGUCAUAUAUGUGCAGGUAGAAAACAUGAUGUAACUGCAAAAAAAAUUAUGUCACUGCGUGUUCGUUUUUUUGUAACUACAACCACCACCCAUGUCACUACAACCACCGCCCAGGUCACUGUAGCCACCGCCCGUGUCACUACAACCACCGCUCGUGUCACUGUAGCCAUCGUCCGUGCCAUUGUAACCACCGCCCAUGUCACUGUAGCCACCGCCCGUGUCACUGUAGCCACCGCCCGUGUCUCUGUCGCCGGAAACGUGUUGCUGUGAAGGCCGAAAAAUUCUCUGAUGACUUUUUCCGGUGAUUUUUCCAAUGACACUGCCACUGCCUCCCUCCGCAAAAAUAUUGUUGAAUUAGUCACUAAAAUGAACGCCCCACCGGUUAAGUCGCUGACCACCACCAUAGUGGGCCGCAACAGGCCGCCACUCCCCGCAACACCCUGCCUCCCUGCCUGGCUGCCCAACCACCAUCACCACAUCCCUGCACUACCCCAUCACUCGUGCCCAGCUCCGCCCUUAUCACCCCAACCCUGCGCUCAUCACUUCAGCCCUGCCCCACCCCCCACAAGCUGCCCCACACCACCGGAAUGCCCCAGCCCUCAGCCCCCAAACCCAACCUGUAGUCCCUAACCCUAGCUCCCAACCGCCAUCCCACAACCUCCGCUAGUAACCCUAGCCACAACCUCCACCAAUUUAGAUUCCGACCGUCCAAUGCCAGAUCUGAAAUUUUAAGUGUUAAAAAGGAUGGUGAAGCCCCUAAAAUCGAAGAAAAUUAGAAGAAAUAGAAGCAAGGGGCAUGGCAAUGUCGACAACGGCGACUGCGCGUACAAGGGCGGUGGAAACCGGAGGCUACGGACUAUAGACGGAGGCAAUUUGGAAUGGCGAUUUGGAGGUGGAGCUGUCAUCUUCACCACAUCUUUGUCGAAGGAAGUUGUUUGGAGCUGGGGAGAUAACCGGUCGGGAGGUGGAGCUGUCAUCUCCGCCGCAUCUUUGUUGAAGGAAGUUGUUUGGCGAGAUAACCGGUUUGGGAGAGAGAGGUGCGGGCGACGAGGAUACGAAUGGCGACGAUGACCAGCGGAUGGCGCAGGCAAGGCGGAUUGCACAGGGGAGGCAACUGGCGGCCAUUGUAGGUUGUGAGGUCAAUGAUGAACGAGCUAUGGCACAGAUGAGACAGAUUGCGCAGGGGAGGUGAGAUGCGUAGAUUUGGAUCGGGAGAGAAGAAUAGAGUCAC